AUGAGUUAUGUUUGUUCAUCACUUUCAAACCCUUAUCUAUCUGAUCAUGAACCACCAUCUACAUCAAUUGCGAAACAUUCACAGUAUCAAUCUUAUCGAGCGACGACGCCAACAGCUACUAAUUACAAUAAUCAACGUCCUGUCAUUAGUGUCAACGCAUCUCAAUCGCCGUUGAUAACAAUUACAUCGCGAGGUUCACCGAGUCGACCUGAAAUUCAUUUUUCACCCGCACCAAACUCACCGAAAUCGACACUGAGAGAAAUUCAUAUAUCACGACCUGAUUCACCAUUGGUGCCAAUCAAUCGUCAGGGAAAUAAUACUCCGUCAAUCACUCAUGCGAAUGGCAAUGGUCAUAGUUUCCAUGCGUCUCAUGGUGCAUCGACAACUACAAAUCAAAGAGACUUACCUGUUACAUCGCCACCACCCACAGUUCACAUGUUUGGCCGAGCUCCAUCACCAUUUCGUCAAAUUGAUAUUCAUCGCGACUCUUCUCUUGACAAUCGAUAUGCAUCCAAUGUGGCUGCAAAUUGUUUCAAACCGUUAAUAGCCUACGCAUAUCCAAAUAGUAACAGACCGUCUUCUUUUGACGGUUCAGAAAGUCGUUCACCAUCUGCUGUUGCGAAUCUUCCUCCAGCAUCUUCAAAUUCAAACUCAACUCCAUUUACCAUGCGUAGUGGCCACACGAUGAAGAGAGAUUCUACUGAUGUUGACCACCUAGCACGUCUGUUAAUGAAGAGUAUCAAUUCAUCGAAUGAGCCGAACUUUUUUGGUAUGUGUGCACGAUGUAAUGAUGAAAUCGUUGGUGAAGAAAACGGACUUGUCGCUAUGGAUAGAAUGUAUCAUGUUUCAUGUUUUACAUGUACUAUGUGUGGUUGUCGUUUACGUGGACUGCAUUUCUAUUCAAUGGAGAAUAAACCCUACUGUGAAUCAUGCUACAUUAAUUCAUUGGAAAAAUGUGUUACCUGUUCUCGACCAAUUACAGAUCGAAUUCUUCGUGCGACUGGUAAACCGUAUCAUGCUGCAUGUUUCUGCUGUUUUGUAUGUCGUAAAAGUCUGGAUGGUGUUCCAUUUACUAUCGAUGCAACCAUGGAAGUACAUUGUAUUGAAUGUUUUCAUCAAAAAUUUGCUCCACGUUGUUAUGCUUGCCAUCGAGCUAUAUUGCCAGGCAAUGGCCAAGAAGAAACCAUUCGAAUCAUUGCUCUCGAUCGAAACUAUCACGUUGAAUGCUACCGAUGCGAAAAGUGUAAAGUACAAUUUACAACGGACGAAGGUUGUUAUCCCAUCGAUGAUCAUGUUUUAUGUCUUCAAUGUAAUCGUCUUUAUUCGAGAACGAUGCUUGGCCAUACAUAA